CUUCUCAUAUUGGGAGUAACGAGGGAAGGAAGAGGAGCAUGAGGUUCAGGCAGCCCUCUUACAGAUCUGGAUUGCAGCCUAUCUUUCGUAAGAGGGUAAUCCAUAAGAGUAUGCAUAGCUACAAGCUCACUGCUCGCAGAUAGGAAGUGGCUCACAGAAAACAGACUGAAGUGAAGAACCUCUGGAAGAAAACCUCAUGGCUUGUGUCCCCUUGACAAUAACAUGGAGGGUCCCGGCCACUAGGAUUCUGCACUCUCUCUGCCUGGUUUCUUCCAGAUGCUUCAGCAAAGGCAAAACAGCACUGGUGGCUCAGAAUUUUACAGACUACAAUUCCAUUUGUGAACAAUACAAGCCAGAGGUGCCAGAAUACUUCAAUUUUGCCAGAGAUGUGGUAGACAGCUGGGCCGACUCAGAAGAGGAAGGAAGGCGGCCUCCCAACCCUGCCCUUUGGUGGGUCAGUGAGCAAGGAGUCCAAGUGAAGUGGAGCUUUGUGGAGCUGGCCCUGGAGUCCAAAAAGGCAGCCAUGGUUCUGUCCGAGCAGGGUGGCCUGCGGAAAGGAGACCGAGUGGUGGUGAUUCUCCCGCGGAUUCCCGAAUGGUGGCUCUUGAACCUGGCUUGUAUCCGAACAGGAACCGUGCUGAUUCCUGGAACAACACAGCUGACAGCAAAGGACCUUCACCACCGCUUGGAGGCCUCCAAAGCCAAAUGUGUCAUCACUGACCCUGCCCUGGCCCCUGUGGUGGACACGGUGGCUUCCAAAUGCCCGUUCCUGGAGCUCAAGUUAAUUGUAUCCAAAGAACCCAGGGAAGGCUGGCUAAACUUCAGCAGUUUGUUGGAGCUCGCGUCCCCUGAGCACACUUGUGUGGCCACAAAAAGCAGUGAUCCAAUGGCUAUAUAUUUCACCAGUGGUACAACAGGAGCUCCAAAAAUGACUGAACAUUCCCACGCUAGUCAUGGAAUUGGACUUGGCUUCAACGGAAGGUAUUGGCUUGAUUUGACUCCUUCAGACAUGAUUUGGAAUACAUCAGACACCGGCUGGGCCAAAUCAGCAUGGAGCAGUGUUUUUGCCCCAUGGAGCCAAGGAGCAGGCGUAUUUGUGCACAGUGUGCCACGCUUUGAUCCUAAACUAGUCCUUGAAAUGUUGUCCAAGUUUCCUAUAACAACUUUCUGUUCUGCGCCGACCGCUUAUCGGAUGCUGGUCCAACACAACUUAAGGAGUUAUAAAUUCCAGAGCCUCAAACACUGCGUAAGUGCUGGGGAACCCAUCAAUCCUGAAGUGAUGGACCAAUGGAAAACAGAAACUGGGCUGGACAUCUAUGAAGGCUACGGGCAGACGGAAACUGUGCUGGUUUGUGGAACUUUCAAGGAUAUGAAAAUCAAACCAGGUUCUAUGGGGAAACCAUCACCGGUCUAUGAUACUCAGAUAAUAGAUGAAAACGGUAACAUUUUACCUCCUGGGAAAGAAGGAGAUAUCGCUCUCCGAAUCAAACCAACCAGACCAUUUUGCCUUUUCACUCAAUACACAGAUGAUCUAGAAAGGACAGCUUCAACCAUUUGUGGGAACUUCUACGUCACUGGGGACCGAGGAAUUCAAGAUGACGAUGGUUACAUCUGGUUCGUAGGGAGAGGAGAUGAUGUCAUCAAUUCCUCCGGAUAUCGCAUUGGGCCAUUUGAAGUGGAGAGUGCUUUGAUAGAACAUGACGCGGUCAUUGAAGCAGCGGUAGUUAGCAGUCCAGACCCUAACCGAGGAGAGGUUGUGAAAGCCUUUGUAGUUUUGGCACCUGAAUACAUUUCCCAUGACCCGGAAGCAUUGAUUAAGGAGCUACAGGACCAUGUCAAGAUGGUCACUGCCCCAUACAAGUAUCCUAGAAAGAUGGAGUUUGUUCCACACUUGCCAAAGACAAUCAGUGGGAAAAUCAGAAGAAACGAAUUACGCAAGAAAGAAUGGGGACAAGCGUAGAAUUCUUUGCCUGCUUACUUCAUGAGUGAUCAUUCCAGGAAUAAAAGCGUGUGAUGUUACUCUCCAAA